UUUUUUGCUGCGUGACUCUCUGCUCUGCCAUCCAUCCAUCCCACUUGACCACCUGACCGAGGAUCGAAACGGCAGAAGAGAGACCAACUGUUUCCUUUCUUCUCCUUCGUUUUUUAUCCAAAUCUCUUCAGUUCAACCCGACCCAGUUCAACAAUCAUGGCUUCAUUUGCCGUCACGGCCUACGCCGCCUUAUCGCACACGCCCAAGGCCGAGGAAGCUCUGUCGGGAAUCUUUGGCAGCAUCAGCUUGACCGCGUGGAUAUGCCUCCUCCUGCCACAGCUCCUCGCCAAUUACAAGGCACAGAGCGCUGACGGCCUGUCUAUGGGCUUCCUGAUCAUCUGGCUGAUCGGCGACGCGACGAACCUCCUAGGCGCCCUCUUCACGCACCUUGCACCGACAGCAGUCGCCCUCGCGACCUAUUUUUGCUUCGCAGACCUCAUCCUCAUUGGCCAGUGCGUCUAUUACAACACCAAGAAUGCCCGUCGCGCGUCACGCCGCCGCUCCACCGUCGCCCCGGCGGAAGCCACCGAAGACGAACCCCUCCUCCCGUCCCCGCGCCGCCGCAGCUCCUCUGCCGCCGGUCUCCCCGGCUCGCAUCGUCGCCAGGGCCUGCACGAGGAGAGCUCGCUCGACCCGCUGCGCAAGAUGGUCACGGGCGAGGACGACACCCCGGACAGCAACCCGUGGCUGCACAACACACUGAGCAUCUUUGCCGUGUACCUCGUCGGUGCGGCCGGGUGGUUCGUCUCGUACAAGGCGGGCGCGUGGGACUCACCGGAUGCGGACCUCGGCGCGCCCGGGCAGGCGGCCGGCACGUUGGAGAAGGUGGGCUUGUUCCUGGGCUAUGUGAGUGCCGUGUGCUAUCUCACGGCGCGGAUCCCGCAGAUUGUGAAGAACUACCGGGAGAAGUCAUGUGAAGGCCUCGCGCUGCUCUUCUUCCUCCUCUCGCUCACCGGAAACCUCACCUACGGCGCUAGUCUGGUCGCGUUCAAGCAGGACAAGGCCUAUCUCCUCAACGCGCUUCCAUGGCUGCUCGGAUCCUUGGGUACGAUAGCCGAGGAUUUCGUCAUCUUUGCGCAAUUCCACAUGUACGCGCCGCGUCGCGAGACGAAGCUGGACGACCAGGCGUAAGCGGGGGCAUCUACACGUGGGUGACUGAUACCAGCAUCGGGUUACCUCUGCAGUCACCUGAUGGAAGUACUGCUACGGCCCGCUUUGGACGAUUUGAGAUAUUUGGUGAUGUGAGAUGUCGGGUGAUGAACAUGUACGAGGGGCGGUGACCAGAUGGGAUCUAGACGAGGACUUGCAAGCUUUGCGGCAUUUGGGGCAGAGGGGUGCAUCAUUAAGGACUGCAUUUUCGGCGUUUUUCUGGCAGGGUCAUGAUUACACAAACUUUGGUACACACACACGGUUUAUCUAACCGGUACUUUACCCAUCAUGAUGGCAUUUGCAUAUAUACAUAAUAAUGACAG